AUGACUGCCAGCUCGUCCCAAUAUGCUCCGCCCGAAGAAACGCCCGUGCCAGACGUGGAGGAUGAAGAGCUCGAGGCUGAGGGCGAGGCCGAAGCUGAAGGCGACUUCUCCACUGCUGGAAACACUCCGCUGUCGAUGACUCCAGCCCCUCCAUCGUCGACCGCUUCCAAGGUCAAGAAGCCCGAUACGCAAGCCGGCGCAUCCAAGAAAGUGCCCAUGCAUCUGCUGGAAAAACGGCGUUUGGGCCGUAUUAAGGCGGCCGAGCAGUUUGCUCAGAAGUUGAAGCAGGUCGGAAUCGAGAAAAUGGAUAAUCCUACUUUGCGCCAGCUGGGGCUCUUCAAACCUCUCAUGCUCAUUAACCAAAAAAACUACUCGUCGGACUACCUCAAGCGUGACGAUCAGAUUUUCGCCAUGCGUGAGCGUAAGUCGCUUCGUAACGCCAAUGCAUCCCAUUCGACCCCUGACGUCGCUGAAGAAGACGACCAGGACGAGAAUCUCGACGAAGAAUCUGAGGUCAACACCAUUGUAAUCCAUCCAGGCGCUCGGUCUCUCAAAAUCGGACUUGCAACUGACGUGCUUCCGCAAACCAUUCCAAGCUGCAUUGCUGUACCACGCCCCACUACCAAGACUCCAACGGCCCAGCUGGACUCAGAACAAUACGAUGAGCAAAAGGCUGCAAUUCAACACGAUUUCAAAGAAAGAAUGCGCUACUACAAGCGCAAGAUGAUUCCCAAUGCGCAUGAUUCCGUGGUCAACUUCAACUCGCGUGUCGAACCCGAGAUAAUACCGGAGCACAACGACCUCCAUCGUGUAGAAUGGAUUCAAAAAUCUACAGGUAAUGUCUACGGUGAGGAAGCCACCAGGUGCCUGCCAUCUCAUUUCACUAUUCGUUACCCUUUUGCUAAAGGUCGAUUCAACCUUGAAUCGCCUGAUUAUAGCUCUGUUCAAGAGUUACUUUCAGAUGUCACAGAACUCCUGAAGUAUGCACUUUCACAUCCUAAGUUGGACGUCCAACAAUCCCAGUUUUGCAAUUACAAAAUCGUGCUUGUCGUGCCUGAUGCAUAUGAUAAAAGGUAUGUUGAAACCUUCAUACGAAUGCUGCUUGUGGAAAUGGGCUUUCAAGCUGUGGCAAUAAUUCAGGAAUCUCUUGCAACUUGCUAUGGUGCAGGAAUAGGCGAUUCCACGUGUGUCGUAGAUAUAGGCGCCACCCAAACCAAGAUUGCAUGUGUGGACGAAGGGUUGGUAGUUGAUAACAGUGUAAUCACUCUCGAUUACGGUGGAGAUGAUGUCACUCGUGUUUUCGCGAAAUUUUUACUGGAUUCCAAUUUCCCCUACCAAGACCUAGAUUUAGACACACCUCAUGGAUGGGCGUUGGCUGAACACUUGAAGGAACAAUAUGCCACAUUUCAAGAUGCCAAUGUGGCAAUUCAGCUUUACAAUUUCAUCAAAAGAGUUCCCGGCAAACCAGGUGCUGAGAAAUACGAAUUUAAAGUCUUUGAAGAAGUUAUGACAGCUCCCAUGGGUUUAUUUUUCCCACAAAUUUUCAAUUUACUGAAACCUAAAGAAGGCAACGUAAAUGAAUACGUUGUUGGCCAACUUCCUCGUUCUAAGGACGUUUUCACUCAACGUGACGAUAGUCCCAAGUCAAUUAGUCAAUUGGCAUGUCAAAAGAGUACCACUUACUGUGAAAUGCCAAAAGAUAUAGAAAUUUUACAAAAAUUGUUAAACUUACCUUCGGAAAUUGAAGACUAUCAGGCAGCAGCAACUGCCAAUCUAAAGGAAACGUAUACUCCACUGGAGAAAGCGAUCAUAGAGAGCAUCACAACAGCGUGCGUUAGCUUAGAUAACAAUUUUUCCAAGUUAACUAACUUCUACUCUAACUUACUUGUGGUGGGUGGAAGCUCUAAAUUUCCAAGCUUGGAUUUCAUAUUGACUGAUCGCAUAAACAUUUGGAGACCUCGUCUUUUAAGUGUUAAUACACUACCAGCCUUUUUUAACAAGCUGGCCAAGCAGGUGAAGGAUUUUGAACAGGAAAACAAAAUGAGCGAGAUAAAAGAACAAGAGGAACUUGCAAUUGUCAAGAAAAAGUUGGCUAAAAUGAUCAAAUUGGAAUUGCAAACUUACUGGGAAGGAGUUGACGCUCUUGGUGGGAAUGAAAGUGUUUUCCCAAUUAAUGUGUUGCCUCCUCCAAGAGAAAUGGAUCCAUCCGUAUUAACUUGGAAAGGAGGUAGCGUUUUCGCAAGAAUCAAGCUUGUUGAGGAACUCUACAUCACUGCAAGUGAUUGGGAUGUGUUAGGAAGCAGGAUUCUUCAGUACAAAUGUCUUUUUGAUUAUUAG